CUUUUGGCGUCUUGGCUGCGAACAUAUUUGUUGGAUCGCGAGUAAUUGUAGCCGCUGCUAAAAGAGAUUAUAUUCCUUUCUCGUCAAAGUUCCGAAAAUGGAAUGAUAAUACAGAUACUCCAAUUUUUGCAUUGAUAACACAAGCAGUUUGGUCUUCAUUGAUUAUUAUCUUUUAUCCUCAUAAUGAUCCAUUUAAAUUUUUUGUUAACUUAAGUGAGUAUUGCAUGUGGAUAUUUCUACUUCUGAGUGCUUUGGGAUUGUUGUUACUGCGUCAUUCUAAACCCGAUCUAGUUCGUCCAUUCAAA